AUGAAGGCUCGGGGCCGGCUCCUGCUCAUCAUCCUGUGCUCCGUGGGCUUCUCUGCCGCCUACGUCCUGCUGUGCUGCUGGGCCUGCCUGCCCUUCUGCCUGGCCUCCUGCCCGGGCCCCCGCCCACACCUCUCUGACACCAGGCCCACGGCGCCAGGGCCCCUGCCCUUCAGUGGGUACAGCCGAGUGCCAGAUGGGAAGCCAUUGGUCCGAGGGCCUUGCCGCAGCUGUGCCGUGGUGUCCAGCUCCGGCCAGAUGCUGGGCUCGGGCCUGGGCCCCCAGAUCGACGGCGCGGAGUGCGUGCUGCGCAUGAACCAGGCGCCCACGGUGGGCUUUGAGGCGGACGUGGGCCGGCGCAGCACGCUGCGCGUGGUCUCGCACACGACGGUGCCGCUGCUGCUGCGCAACUACUCGCACUACUUCCAGCAGGCCCGCGACACGCUCUACGUGGUGUGGGGCCAGGGCCGGAGCAUGGACCGCGCGCUGGGCGGCCGCACCUACCGCGCGCUGCUGCAGCUCACCCAGAUGUACCCGGGCCUGCAGGUGUACACCUUCACCGAGCGCAUGAUGGCCUACUGCGACCAGGUCUUCCAGAGCGAGACGGGCAAGAACCGGCGGCAGUCUGGCUCCUUCCUCAGCACCGGCUGGUUCACCAUAAUCCUGGCCCUGGGGCUCUGCGAGGAGGUCGUGGUCUACGGGAUGGUCAGCGACAGCUACUGCAGGGAGAGGAGCCACCCCUCUGUGCCUUACCACUACUUCGAGAAGGGCCGGCUGGACGAGUGCCAGAUGUACCUGGCCCACGAGCAGGCGCCCCGCAGCGCCCACCGCUUCAUCACCGAGAAGGCCGUGUUCUCCCGCUGGGCCAAGUCGCGGCCCCUGGUGUUCGCCCACCCGUCCUGGCGGGCCCCGUAG